AGUACCAUAGUUACAUAGAAGGAAGUACAUUUCCUGAGCCACAGAAGAAAACGUAAAAGACGUAACGUGUCAUUCUGAAUGCCUUUAACUGAGUUGGUCUAGGUUAUGUCUCUAACCUGCAAACAUCCAUCCUCUCAUCGGUGGGGGGAGUUUGUCUAUGGAUUAACAAGAUAAACCGUGUGGUAGUUUUGCAACACUCACAGGUUAUGAGUUGCUUGAGGAGUAUUCACAACUAUGUUUGAGACUGACUUAAAUAAAAAGGAUGAAGGAAGCAGGACACAGAGGGAAGUUUGUGACAUGGUCUCGAUAUCGCUGUUAUUUCAUUAUUGUUCUUGUGGCUUUGACCCUAAUUCUCUACAACACUGACCUAGUGGAAAGGACUAAGGACUUAGUCCCUAAAUGGUGUAUGAAGUUUGGUCAAGUUGUGAGUAUGGUAGUUCCUGUCAUUACUACAUACUCAAACAGUACUGAAACUGUCAUUCAGAAUGCAACUGUCCAACAAGGAAUUGAACUCAAUGUCAAAAACAUAAAUACCACCAUGAAGAAUUCAACCGUGACAGAGGCACUAACUGUACCCAACCUCCUCCCGGUAGAACAAGCAGUGUCAACUGCACCUUAUAUUUCACCAGGAUCUUUCCAUGUGGAAUACCCACAUGAGUAUCACUUCAUUGUGGAUGAACCUGAGGAAUGUCAGGAGAAGAAUCCCUUCCUGGUUUUAAUGGUGCCAGUUGCACCUCACAACAGGGUGGCUCGUGACGCCGUCCGCAGUACCUGGGGUACUGAGAGUCUUAUUCUGGGCAAAGUGGUGAGUCUGUUCUUCAUGUUGGCACUGCCAAGUGGAGAAGGGGCAGAGAAGCUCCAAGAGCAAGUGCUGCAGGAGAGCAGAGAACAUAGAGACCUUCUGCAGAGUGACUUCACAGACAGCUACAAAAACCUGACCAUCAAGACCAUGAUGAUGCUGAAGUGGCUGAUCUUUCGCUGCCCCAACGCUUCCUACGCCAUGAAGAUUGACUCAGACAUGUUUCUCAAUGUGAACAGCCUGGUGCACAUGCUGCUGACUGCACCACAGCACGACUAUAUGACUGGACUGGUGGCCAAAUGGCCACUUGUUCUACGAGACCCUAACUCCAAAUGGUACCUUCCUGAGAAUGUUUUCCCUGACAAAUUUUAUCCUUCUUAUGCUCUGGGACUGGGCUAUGUCAUGUCGUUAGACCUGCCCAGGAAGCUGGUGGAGGCAUCCAGGCAUGUUAAAGCCAUUUACAUAGAGGAUGUUUAUCUGGGACUGUGCAUGAAACACCUGGGUAUACAGCCCACUGACCCUCCCAGUCAGAACCUGUUUCAAGUUUUUCCUGUACCUUAUAAUCGCUGCAGCUAUUCGCAGAUAAUAGCCACCACUACACACACUAUCACAGAUCAGGUUAACUUCUGGAAAGACUUGCACAAACCCGGACCUACAUGUUAACAUGACAUUACAAUAAUAGUUUUUUACAGUGAGUCAUAAACUUCAGAGAUAGUGUUGGGAGGCAGAAUUAAAGAUGGGUUUUGUCGGUAUGUCCUCCAAUACAGGAUGACCUUUGCUUUAUACUACCUGCUCAUGAUUGAGUAAAAAAAAAAAAACCUGGCACGCCACUCCCUCGGUUUGCAAACCCUGGGGCUAACCAUGCAACGCAGCAUACGUGAGUUUGGCCUGCUGCUGCUCUUUGUCUGCGUGGCUGUGGCCCUCUUCUCCCCGCUAGUCCAUCUGGCCGAGAGCGAGAAGUCAGUGUUGAUCAACAUCAACACUGACUUCAGUCAUUAGAGCUUUGUUACAUUAGCAUUCUGUAUAAUACAAAAAAUAAACUAUGUUGUGUGACAGUGUAGCAAUAUUUCAGCAAUUGAGCAUAAACAAAAAAUACAUUAAAACAUGCCAACGCAUUUAUUAUCUAAAGUGUCUACAAAGCAUGUUUGUUCUAGCAAUGACAUGGAAAAUAAGAAACAUGUAAACUCA